AUGAAGUCCUUCACCACCAUCAUUGCCUCCAUCCUCAUCGCCGCCGUCUCGGCCGCCCCUGCCCCGGUGGACAUUGAGGCCCGGGUGAACAGCGUCACCGUCUCCCUCGCCAACGACCAGAGCGGAGCCAACGCCGGCGUGCCCAUCCCCGGCGACGGCGUCACCCGCAGCAUCCAGACCCUCUACGGCGGCACCUCGGUCGGCUCCAGCGGCAAGGUCCUGGCCUCUUCGGCCCAGCUGACCAACUUCGCGCAGUGGUCGGGCUGCAACAUCGUCAACGGCGGCAGAAGCAUCGCCUACCUCAACUCCCAGCGCACCUUUGCCGAUCUCGAUGGCAACCCGAACGCUGCGACUCCUGUUGACUUGAGCGGCGCCACCAUCACUUGCUGGGCUUGAGUUAUUGAAUGUGAGAGUGAGAAGUGGAGCGGGGCUGGGAUUGACGGGUCGAGGGGCUGGGGGGUCAUCCUAGACAGAUGAUGGAUCUUUCGGACUGCUUUGCAUGACUGUCAUUUUGUUUGCUUUUUGUCUGGCCAGACGGGGGAGAUGUACUGUUUGAUUUCGUGUUUUGGUGAUGAUGAGCGGUUUGCGCAGC